GUCUGAUUCCCCAUGCUUAGAGUUUGCGGCUAGCCUCUUUGACAACGAGGUGCUGCCGAGUAGGUACCUUUCCAAACGUCUACAAACGACCAGCAAAAUGCCGCGGGUCUACAUUGGACGUUUAAGUUAUCAUGUCCGUGAAAAGGACAUUCAGAGGUUUUUCAGUGGGUAUGGAAAGCUCAUGGAAGUCGAUAUGAAAAAUGGGUAUGGCUUUGUUGAGUUCGAUGAUAAUCGCGAUGCAGACGACGCUGUGUAUGAACUCAAUGGCAAGGAGCUAUGUGGAGAGCGUGUUGUUGUUGAACAUGCUCGGGGACCUCGCCGUGACCGCGAUUCAUACGGUGGUGGUGGUGGCGGCGGGGGUUAUGGGGGCAGCGACCGUGGCGGUGGCGGCGACCGUGGCUCCGGUGGAGGUCGCAGUAGUGGUUACAGUAGCAGAGGCAGGGAUACAAGUCGCACUGGCAGGGAUAAGUACGGGCCGCCCGUCCGUACGGAGUACAGGCUCAUUGUAGAAAACCUGUCAAGCCGCUGCAGUUGGCAAGACCUCAAAGACUUCAUGCGACAGGCAGGAGAGGUCACCUAUGCUGAUGCGCAUAAGGAACGCACCAACGAAGGGGUCAUCGAGUUCCGUUCUCAGUCCGACAUGAGACGAGCGAUUGACAAACUCGAUGGCACUGACAUCAACGGGAGGAAAAUCCGUCUGGUCGAGGACAAAGCCCGUCGUCGGCGCUCCUACUCAGGCAGUCGCUCUAGGUCCCGCAGCCAUCGUCGCUCUCGUAGCAGGAGCCGCAGGAGCAGCCACUCCAGGAGCAGAUCCAAAUCCCGCUCCAGGUCCCACUCCAGGAGGAGACGUUCCCGCUCUCAAUCUGGCCGCAAAUCUCGCUCUCGAUCAGGGCGCAAAUCACGCUCUCGAUCAGGGCGCAAAUCACGCUCUCGAUCAGGGCGCAAAUCGCGCUCUCGAUCUGGCCGCAAAUCGCGCUCUAGAUCAGGACGCAAGUCCCGCUCCAAGUCUCCCACACGGAAAUCCAGCUCGGGCCCCAGGAAGUCUCGCUCCAGGUCCCGCACCCGCAAAUCCCGUAGCCGCUCAGCUGGCGGCAAGUCCCGAUCUCGCUCCGACAACAGGAAGUCCCGAUCCAAGAGCCGCUCCAAGGUGAAGUCCGAGAGGGACUCUCGCAGUCGCUCCAACGAGAAGCCUGCUGCCAAGAAGUCCCGCAGCCGAUCAGCAUCCCCUAUUAAAAACGGAAAGGAAGACGACGCCAAGUCGGCUUCGAGGUCUCCGUCCCCUGCUGCUGAAAAGAGCAAGUCGAAGUCUCCUGCUCGGCGAUCAGCUUCCCGUUCUAAGUCCCGAUCCCCCGUUUGCUCGAAGUCUCCUUCCCCCUCUCGCUCCCGUUCUCACUCUCGUUCCCGCUCCCGUUCCAGAUCUGCAUCCCAAGAUUAGAAUCUAAAGCUUGCAGUCUUGUGUUUUGUCCACAACCUCUGUAGGGGUCCAUUGAAUUUGCUGACUGGUCCCUGUGAGGGCAUGUCUGAGUUUUUUUUUUUUUUUUUUUUUUCCUUAUUUCAGUUUAAUAAGUUGUCCAGGUUGCAUAUGUACAGUCUUUACCAGUUAAAGCAAUCUUAAAUAUUUUAUCCAAGGCAUGGCAAUGAUGGAAUUAGCUCAUGACUUUGUUGAUUGGUGUAUAUGUUAGGAAUCAGGUUCUCCGUGUAGAGCUUGCCACAGCAGCAUACGCCAGCCCCUGCGAUUUGAUCACUGCCCCUGUCUCUUUGGUUUUGAUUUUCAGUUUUGAUUUGUUGUGAUUGGUGUUGGCAUGACGCUUGCUUCUCCAGAGGUAUUUGAUUGUGACAUUGUCAUUUUUUUAUUAAACUUUCUUACGAUUA